AGCUGUGUUUAUAGUAAAUAAAAUGUUAGUUAAGUACAUAGAAUAACGAAAUUUGAAAGGGCAAAAUGUCUAAAAUAAUUUUCAACGCAAUUAGAAACUCACGUAAUAUAAACAAAUUGGCUUAUGGAAAUGUUAUCCAACAAAGGAGUUUAAUGCAGAAUGUUGGGAUCCUGAUGGGAGCACAAGGCAAUGGCAAACUUUUGAAAACUAGCAACACGGUUUUUCGGCAUAUGUUUCCUCAACAACAGCGGACAAUGUUCAUACAGACACAGGACACACCGAAUCCAGAUAGUUUAAAAUUUCUUCCUGGCAUUGAGGUUCUAGGCAAAGGAAACACUUAUGAUUUCCCGGCAGUAUCGGCAGCUUAUUGCAGUCCAUUGGCUAAACUUUUAUUUCGUAUAGAGGGUGUGCGAUCUGUGUUCUUUGGUAGUGAUUUUAUAACCAUUUCCAAAGAAGAGGAAGCUGAGUGGGGUAUUAUAAAACCUGAGGUGUUUGCUGUUAUCAUGGACUUUUUUUCCAGUGGCUUACCCAUAUUGAAUGAGGCAAAACCAAAUACCGACACACAAAUUAACGAUGAUGAUGAUGACACAGUUAUGAUGAUCAAAGAGCUGUUGGAUAGUCGAAUUAGACCAACGGUCCAAGAAGACGGUGGAGAUAUAAUAUUCAUGGGCUUCGAGAAUGGCAUUGUGAAAUUAAAAAUGCAAGGUUCUUGUUCUUCAUGUCCAAGCUCGAUUGUCACUCUCAAAAAUGGAGUCGAAAAUAUGUUACAAUUUUAUAUACCAGAAGUACAAGGUGUGGAACAAGUUUUCGACGCUGUGGAUAAAAUAGUUGACAAGGAAUUUGAAAAGUUGGAACAGAACAUUAAAUUAAAGGAGAAAGGUGGUGACACAGCCGAAGCAAAAUAAAUCAAUGUACUUGGAGACACUAGCUGUUAUGCGACAGAAACUUUGUGAAAACCUAAAAUUUACUGAGCUUCGAAUAAUAAAAUGUUAAAGAUUAGUUUAAUUCAUUAUUACAA